GGAAUGGUGUUCUCAGUGGAGCUGCUGGAUAGAGAAGGAGGCAAGAUUCGUGCAAGCUUGUUCAACGAAGCUGCGGAGCAGCACUAUGAUCUCAUGCAGUGCGGAAGAUGCUUCACGCUGUGCAACGGCAGCGUGCGCCCUGCCCAGAAGAAGUACAGCGUGCUCAAGCAUGGCUACGAGCUGGUGUUCGACGGCAGAUGUCAGAUACACAUGGUAGACGACGACGCUGACAUCGGAGCAGUGCGCCUCGCCGUGCAGAAGAUUGCUUCAGUGACACAGAUGCCUGUGCCUAGCAGCGUGGAUAUCUGCGGAGUCAUCGUUUCAGCGGAGCACCCUCAAGAGUUUCAGACCAAAGAAGGAAAAGCUUUAGUCAAGCGAGAGAUCACUGUGGCAGACGACAGCGGCCACAGCGUGCUGGUUACCUUGUGGG